AUGGGAAGUCAUUUAGCAGCAUUAGCAGAAAUAGCCGAUCAACCGGCAUCUGAUCUACACACUCGAAUUUUCACCCCGAAGGAAAUUUCCUUCAUUUUCCCUUGGGCUCUCUUUGAGCCAGCAUCAUGCGGCGUUUCUGUUUCGCAGUACUUGCAGGCACGGCUGCAGCCGUGCCUGCGCUUUUCAAAGAGGCUCAAGCCGACGUCAGCCAGGAAUUUUAUGAACAAGGAGAGAGAACCUAUGGGGUUUCCUAAGUUCACUGUUCUUGAUACAAAGACAGGUGAUGAGGCAGAGAAUACGGUUAAUACAUCUAAGCUUUGUGAAACUAUAAAAGCGAAUGGAGAUCCCGGUGUAUGGAUAACAGAAACUGACAUAUCUAUAGCAGCAGCAAAAGUUUCGAGUUGUCUUCCGCUAUGUGCCGCAGCAACAAAGCAAUGGAAAGGAGUAUUAAAGGCAAUGGGCGAUUCUUUACCACCUGCCUAUACACCCGGAGAGGGCAUAUACAACAAUCUUGAUGUUGUAUCGUUAAUGAGUCUUUAUACACCUAAAGAGGGAGUAGCCGUUACAUGCACUGUCAUACAAUGCCCAGAAAAAAGCUCUUCAGCAAGUGACAACCAAAACAGUGACAGCAGCAACGGCCAGAACCCAAGCCAAAACACGCAACCGCCAGCAAACCAGCCCAGCGGAGGCAACACAGGAGGCACAACAGGCAGCACAGUGGACAACGGAGGCAGCUCAGCCGGCACUGCGGGCGGCAGUGUUAGUGGCACUGGCACUCCGGGUGCCGGUAGCGAAAAGAAUGGGGAAACAAGAGAGCUCAAGGAGGAAGCCAAAGACCUAUCGAAGGAGAAAAAAGACAAACUUUCAACGACAAUAACAGGACAAGGAGUAUCAGAAGCAGAAGUAGGAGGUGUAUCACCACCAGCAGCAUCACCAGCAGCAGCAGCAGCAGAAAGAGCAGCAGGGGUGGAAGGAGGAAUUAGAGUUCGUCGAUUAGCGGAAGGAGGAGGAGUAACACAAGAAGAGUCUUUUAAUGCUCUUGUUUGUAUAUUCAAACCUAAAACACUCACUAAAGGAGUUGCACCUUUCCAGUAA